GUGACGGUAUCAGCUGAUCUCACGUAGUCUCGUUCUCGCGGUCGCGUCAGACAAUUCCUUUCGCUCCAAAUUUCUUUCUUUCUCGAUCAACCAUGAGUGUCUCAAAAGUGCCCAGCAACGAUUAUUGCGACUAUCGCUCUCCUCUGUCGACACGGUACGCUUCGAAGGAGAUGCGCUACAAUUUCAGUGACCAGAAUAAGUUCAGCACGUGGCGCAAGCUUUGGAUUUACCUGGCCAAAGCUGAAAUGGAGCUCGGUUUGCCGAUCAAUCCGGAGCAGAUCGCCGAAAUGGAGGCUCACGUCAACGAUAUCGACUUCGAAGCCGCCGCCAAGGAGGAAAAGGCGACGAGGCACGACGUGAUGGCGCACGUUCAUGUAUUCGGUGAACAGUGUCCCUUGGCUGCGCCUAUUAUCCACCUUGGUGCGACCAGCUGCUAUGUCGGCGAUAAUACGGACCUUUUGAUUCUUCGUCAAGGUUUCGACAUAUUGCUGCCGAAGUUAGCCAGCGUAAUUAAGCGGCUCGCGAAAUUCGCUCACGAGAACCGUGAUCUUCCUACCUUGGGCUUUACUCAUCUUCAACCUGCGCAACUAACGACGGUCGGCAAAAGGGCAACGCUAUGGCUGCAGGACUUAAUGAUGGAUGAGAGAGCUAUUCGCCGCGCCAGAAAUGAUUUGAGAUUCCGCGGAGUUAAAGGCACUACCGGCACCCAAGCGUCUUUCCUUCAGCUUUUUAAUGGCGAUGCAGAAAAGGUGAAGCGAUUAGACGCGCUCGUGACUAAGAUGGCUGGUUUCGACAAGUACUAUGCCGUCACCGGACAGACUUAUAGCAGAAAAGUUGAUAUCGAGUGUUUGAACGUUUUAAGUUCACUUGGUGCAACCGUUCACAAGAUUUGCACGGACAUUCGUCUUCUCGCUAACAUGAAGGAGAUCGAGGAGCCCUUCGAGAGUACGCAGAUUGGUUCCAGCGCGAUGCCCUACAAACGGAACCCGAUGCGUUCCGAGAGAUGUUGCAGUGUGGCACGUCAUCUGAUGGUUCUCGUCAAUAACACCCUCCAUACCGCGGCGACCCAAUGGAUGGAACGCACGUUGGACGACUCAGCGAAUCGCCGGCUUACUCUGGCUGAAGCUUACUUGUCGGCAGACUCGAUUCUGAUGACUCUUCAGAAUAUCACGGAGGGAUUAGUUGUCUAUCCAAAGGUCAUUGCCAGACAUGUGGCACAGGAAUUGCCCUUCAUGUCUGCAGAGAAUGUGAUCAUGGCCAUGGUGAAGGCCGGUGGCGAUAGACAAGUGUGCCACGAGAAAAUCCGUGUGUUAUCGCAAGAAGCUGGAGCGCAAGUAAAACAACACGGUUUGGAUAAUGAUCUGGUUGACAGAAUUAGAAAAGAUCCAUAUUUCAAGCCGAUUCUAUCUCAAUUAGAUGCUCUGCUGGAUCCGUCAACUUUUGUUGGUAGAGCGCCUCAACAGGUCGUUGAAUUCCUUGAAAACGAGGUGUAUCCCGUGCUCGAAAACUACAAAGGAUUGGAAAGCGGAAAAGUCGAAUUGGAUAUUUGAUUAUAUUAUAGAAAUCUUUUCAUGUUCCUUCCAAAGAAGUUUGCAUAUAAUGUCAGGCUACGCUAUUCAGGGUUAAGAGUGUGAUUGACUUUCGAGUUAAAAUUUUGUUAAUGGUAAGAAAUAUGCGUACAAUUUUAUACAUUGCGUUAAUAUUUCUUAUAUUGAUACAUUUAAUAAAGUUACAAAAAAAUAAAUAAA